GUUUGUGACAUUUGAAAGUUUGUCAACAAAAGUUGAUUGUGCAGUGGUGGAACUUUUCGUUUUUUAGUGAAUUUCAGUGAACGAAAUAAUAUUGGAUUGAAAUGGCCGAUUACUGGAAGUCGAACGACCGCAAGUACUGUGACUUUUGUAAAUGCUGGAUAACGGAUAACAAACCUAGUAUAGCCUUUCACGAAAAUGGACGACGACACAAAGCAAACGUUGCCAAGCGUAUUUCCGAAAUCAGCCGGAACAGCGCCAAAUCGGAAAAGGAACAACAAAAAAUGGAUCAAGAACUCCGUAAAAUGGAAGAUGCUGCCAUGCGGUCAUAUGCCAAAGACGUAAGUUCCAUGGCAGAUCUAACAGCAAGAAGUGUAACUGCCGUACUGGGAGCAAGUACCUCAAAAUCCAUUGGGCCCCAAGUUGAUCCAUUAAUGCCUCCUGGAGAUUUCGAUCCCGAACAUGAAGACGAUAGUAAACGAGUCAAACCUCGUACCGUUAAACCUGAAGCUGAAAGCUCAAUGUGGGUUGAAGCAAAGAGCCCAGACGGACAUCCUUAUUACUGGAACGUGAAAACCAAUGAAACUAUCUGGGAAGCUCCAAAGGAGGGAUUCAUGCCACUGGAUGAAUAUAAUCGUAUCAAUGAAAUUGCUGUUGCCCAACAACAAUUACAGCUUCAAGAAGAAUCGAAACAGUUCAGAGAAAAUGCCGAUGAGAUAGUAGCGAAAUAUCGACGAGAACAGCUUAAAGCCUUCCGACAUACGGACUCGGAAGCAACGGAGAAAAAGACUGAGCAAGAGUCUUUUAAAACUGAAGAAGAAGCGCAGGCUCCAACUAUCGGAGCCUGGCAAGUUGUCGAAGAAAAGAAAGAGCCACCACCAGUUGAUCUACAACUACCAUCACGUCCCGAAGAUGACUACUACAUUCCUCCCGCUGUUAGUAACUUUGAACCUGAACCACCCACAAAAAAAUUCAAAGAGAAAACAGUCGAGCAUCUAGAAUCUGACGUAGUAAGCAGUGUUCCUGCAACAUUUAAAAAGAGGAAAAUCGCAAAAGGAAAUGCUAGGCAAAGACUUGAUAAUGAUUAAUUAAUUAAUCUCUCAAUAUUGUAAUAAAAAUAGAAGAAAUCUAACUCCUUAAAUUAACUAACUUCUUGAUACUGGUUCUAUCAGAUUUACCAAAGCUGUAAGACAAAAGAUAUUUUUUUCUCAAUAGUGUACCGAUUUUAAUUUUGAAGGUUUUUAAUGUAAUGUCUUAAUUCUCAAUAAAUUUUCAAA